AUGACGAAAUCAAAGAAUGCAGCUGCCGCAACAUCGUCGAAGAAGCGCUGUGGGACUUGCAUAGAUCGCAAAGUCAGUUGUGACCGCCGGUUUCCACGCUGUACGAGCUGCAUCAAAUCCAACCGCAAAUGCCAGGGCUACGGACUUCGAUUGUCCUGGCCAAGGGCUACUGAUGGCAAGAGGUCACUUAUCAGCCGAGCCGCAACAUUCCCUCGGGCCAAUAAUACUCCAGGUCGAUUACAUAUGAUCAACGCAACCUCAUGGGACAUCGAAGUACACAACUUCCUCAUUGCUAGGCGCAUGAUACGUCCCAUCAUGAAGUAUCCACUGCCAUGGUCCUCGUCUGGGUCAAACGCCACCGAUCAAAGCCUUUUCCGUUUCUUUCGAGAGACUUUGAGACCCAAUCUUUCAAGUUUCAGCAGUCAACCCCUGGGAGAAGCGUUACUUCGAAUAGCCCUAUCGGAAGUCUCCCAUGCUGGUAAAGCCUUGCAGCAUGCGUUGCUUGCUUUUUCAGCACAGUAUCGGUAUGGACCGGUAUUUCGUGCCGAAGAGCUGAAACUAUCGGCCUUGCGUGCUCUGUCUUUGUCAGCUGCGGAAGGCAUGUCCGCCCACAAGGCAGUUCAGCACGUAGCAGCUGGGAUGGUUCUUUGCAUGUUUGAGACCCAAAAGAGCUCGCACUCAACAAACCAUUGGCUUUGCUAUCUACGUUCUUCACGAACACUCAUUGAAAGUGUCUCGCUGGAGAAAUUCUGGAGGGUCUCAGACGCUCCCUUGUUGCUGGAGUGGGUAUCAUAUCAUGAGAUAUUGGCUCGAUUCAGCCUUCGCCAUUGGAGGAAACCCAAAGCGCUGCUACCGAGUCAGGUAAUUUGCGACACAAGACCGUUUACUUCGCCAGAGAUGAGGAAGAAAGCCCGUGUGGAGCUUUCGAUGAUCAUGAGCCAAGCAUCGUUGGAAAGUAAGCGAUUCUUUCAGCCGUUGGGCCUUCUCUCCGAGGUGGUUGCGGAAAUCCUGCCAUCCGACAAUCCCGAGACCCACACACAGCAAUAUCGAUGCAAGAUCAAAACACUCAAAGAAGAAAUCGAGAGCUUGCGGGUUACAGCAUCGUACAGCCUCGCGGAUCUGAAGUCGGAGAGGAUCGCCGCGAAAUCUGAAGUAUAUCGACUUUCAACGCUGGUGUACCUAAGUCGCACUACCGAUCAAGGCGAGCGAGAGGAUUCUGGCGUAGCUGCGUUGGUCGAACGAGGACUACAGCUCCUUCCUUUGAUGGGCACCUGUGAGAGACCAUUGCCGCUUCUCAUAUUCGGAUGUGAAGCGCGCACCGACGAGGAAAGGCUUCGUAUCUUGAAGCUGGUUUCGAACGCGGAAAAGACUCUUCCUGAUCGCGAACUUCAUUCUGUCAAAAAAUUACUCCACGCUCUUUGGACACAAGAUGAUCUGCAUGCCGACAAUAUUCUCAAGCCGACUUACAUAGAGAAACUGUCGGCUGUGUUCAGUGCCAGCGAGUUGCUUCCUCACUUCGCUUAG